AUGCCGCCCGGCAACGCCACCGGGCCGGCUGCCGUGGCCUCAUCUGCUCCGGGGGCUCGCGCGUCGGCGCCCCAUGCUAUGAGGCCCCUGGGCUCCGCGCUCCUGAAGAGGUCGCGGGACUACGCCGUCGUGGACCAGUCGACUCUGUCGGCGAAGAAGAAGAGAGAGGGGGCGGCCGCAUCCUCGAAGGCCCAGCAGCCUAGCCUGGCCGCACCCCCUCCGGCGCAGAAAGGCGGUGAAGCCGCCCCUACUUCUCCUGAUCGGUCGUCCUCGCGAGGCCCAGCAAACCACCCUCAGGAGAAGGCGACCUCCUCGGCCAAGCCGGCUCUGGAGGCGCCCAUCUCCAGCUUGCCCGCGGAUGUUGCCGAGGCUCAGAAGCUCCCUGUUUCUCUUCCUGCCGUCAUCAGCUCGCAGGCCUUUGCCAGGACGCACCGCUAG